UGAAUCUAUGAGUUACUGCAGCGCUACUGCCGCCUCUCACAGGGAACCUAGGAAACCACCACCACCCAACCUGCUGCAGUCAGCCUGGAGAGCAGUGAGAACACUGGGACUGGUGGGAGAGAAGAAAGGAGAGGAGAGUGACGAGGGCUACUGCAGGCCUUUCAAGGACACACAACAACAGGCUGCAAUUUUUCUUUCCUUGACACACUGCUUUACACACUCACCGGCUAGCCAAUGAGUAGAUGAAGCCAACCCAACCCCACCGCUAGAAAGCAGUGUGCAUCCCAAAUGGCAGCUGAUUCCCUAUGUACCUUAUGGGCCCUGGUCGAGAUUAGUGCACUAUAUAGGGAAUAGGGUGCCGUUUUGAGAAGCAGCCAGUGCCUUUGCUGUCACCUUGUUGCCCUCUAACACCUCCCCCACCCCGGCAUGCCAUCCCUGAAUUGGUCACGUGACAUGCCCCACCUCCCCUCCUUUCUGUCCCCCAUUAUCAGAGUUCCAGGGCUGCAGUGAAGAAUGCCUUAUAUGCACUUGUGCCUGUAAGGCUGUGAGGACUAGGGCCUGUCUGCUGUCUGUCCUGUCCCACUGUGGCUGCUUGAAGUCAUGUCCUGUGUGUCUGUGACAGCGAGAGAGAGACUUGCUAAGCCCACCCGACACGCAGGCGUCUCAUCUAGCCAUCUGGAAAUGCAAAUGCGCUACGCUAAAUGCUAAUAGCACUCGUUAAAACUCAAACGUUCAUUAAAACACACAUGCAGGGUACUGAAUUAAAGCUACACUCGUUGUGAAUCCAGCCAACAAGUCAGAUUUUUAAAAUGCUUUUUGGCGAAAGCAUGAGAAGCUAUUAUCUGAUAGCAUGCAACACCCCGAAAUACCUGAAGGGGACGUAAACAAAAUAAUUAGCAUAGCCGGCGCUACACAAAACGCAGAAAUUAAAUAUAAAACAUUCAUUACCUUUGACGAUCUUCUUUGUUGGCACUCCUAGAUGUCGCAUAAACAUCACUAUUGGGUAUUUUUUUCGAUUAAAUCGGUCCAUAUAUACCCUAAAUAUUGAUCUAUGAAAAGUGUGUGAUCCAGGAAAAAACUGCGUUUUAAAACGCAACGUCAUUUUUUUAAAUUAAAAAAGUCGACGAUAAACUUUCACAAAACACUUCGAAAUACUUUUGUAAUCCAACUUUAGGUAUUAGUAAACGUUAAUAAUCUAUCAAAUUGAUCACGGGGCGAUGUGUAUUCAAUAGCUCCACGUCUUGAAAUCAUGUUCGGAAAUUUCUCAUCCAAAACAUCCUGUCGGAGACCGGAAGGAAUGGGCUCUCUCUUACUCGUUUGACCAAGAAACAAAGCCCAGGCAAUUGACAAGACUGGCGACAUCGUGUGGAAGCUGUAGGACUUGCAAUCUCAGCCCCAUGUAAUUUGCUUUCCAAUAGACAAUACAUGCAAGUGACGCAUUGAUAUAUUUUCCAGAUUUUGGUGAUCAGUUUUUCUUCCGCUUUUCGAUGAAACACACGUUAUGUUAUAGUCACAGCCGUGAUUUAACCAGUUUUAGAAACGUCAGAGUGUUUUCUAUCCACACAUACUAAUCAUAUGCAUAUACUAUAUUCCUGGCAUGAGUAGCAGGACGCUGAAAUGUUGCGCGAUUUUUAACAGAAUGUUCGAUAAAGUAGGGGGUAGGCUUAAGUGGUUUUAACAUGUGUUUCCCAGCUUUUAUUUCUUUCAUCACAUUCCCAAUGGGUCAGAAGUAUUUGGUAGCAUUGCCUUUCAAUUGUUUAACUUCUUGCGGAUCAGUGGGACGCCAGCGUCCCAUCGACAACUUCUGAUGAAAUUGCAAUCACAGAAAUAGUCAUAUUUAACAUUCAUGAAAAUACAAGUGUCAUACAUCAGUUAAAAGCUUAACGUAUUGUUAAUCCAGCCGCUGUGUCAGAUUUCAAAAAGGCUUUACGCCGAAAGCACACCAUGCGAUUAUGUGAGGACAGUGCCCAGCACACACAAGCAUUAAAAACAUUUUCCAACCAGGCAGAUGCGCCACAAAAGUCAGAAAUGGCGAUAAAAUAAAUCGCUUACCUUUUUUGAAGAUUCUGUUGGCAUUCCAAAAGGCCCCAGCUACAUCACAAAUUGUCGUUUUGUUCGGUACUGUCCUUUAUAUCCCCAAAAACUCAGUUUAGCUGGGGCACUUCAUUCAAUAAUCCACCGGUUUCCCUCCUUCAAAAUGCAUACAAAAUGAAUCCCAAACGUUACCAAUAAACUUCUCCAAACAAGUCCAACAACGUUUAAAAUCAAACCUCAGGUACCCUAAUACAUAAAUGAAAAAAUGUGAAUCGUUAUUGUCAUUACCGGAGAUUAACCGAAAAGUGUGCGCAUUCACCAGAACUCGUAAUAAACACUACAGCCAAAAACAAGUCUAAAACUCUUUCUGAAGACUGACAUCUAGUGGAAUCUCAUAGGAACUGAAAUCUGGGAGGUUUUCCCUUCAUAUUAAAAAUGACAGCCAUAGGAAUCAAUGGUUGGUGAAAUUUUUAUUUAUUUUUUUCUGGAUGGUUUGUCCUUGGGUUUUUGCCUUCCAUAUCAGAUAUGUUAUACUCAGACAUUUAUUUUAACAGUUUUAGAAACUUUAGAGUGUUUUCUAUCCAAAUCUACCAAUUCAUAUGCAUAGCUUCUGGGCCUGAGUAACAGGCAGUUUACUUUGAGCAUGCUUGUCAUCCAGAUGUCAAAAUACUGCCCCCUAGCCCAAAAAGAUUCACUUGGGUCAAACAUGUCGGGUAGCCUUCCACAAGUUUCCCAAAAUAGCCUUCCACAAGCUUCCCAAAAUAAGUCGGGUGAAUUUUGGCCCAUUCCUCCUGACAGAGCUAGUGUAACUGAGUCAGGUUUGUAGGCCUCCUUGCUCACACACGCUUUUUCAGUUCUGCCCACAAAUUUUCUAUGGUCAGGGCUUUGUGAUGGCCACUCCAAUACUUUGACUUUGUUGUCCUGACAACUUUGAAAGUAUGCUUGGGGUCAUUGUCCAUUUGGAAGACCCAUUUGCUACCAAGUUUUAACUUCCUGACUGAUGUCUUGAGAUGUUGCUUCAAUAUAUCCACAUAAUUUUCCUUCCCUCAUGAUGCUGUCUAUUUUGUGAAGUGCACCAGUCUCUCCUGUAGCAAUGUACCCCCACAACAUGAUGCUGCCACCCCUGUACUUCACGGUUGGGAUGGUGUUCUCCUGCUUGCAAUCCUACCACUUUUUCCUCCAGACAUAACAAUGGUUGUUAAGGCCAAACAGUUCUAUUUUUUUCCCCCAUCAGGCGAGAGGACAUUUCUCCAAAAAGUAUGAUCUUUGUCCCCGUGUGCAGUUGCAAAGCAUAGUCUGUAUUUUUUAUAGCGGUUUUGGAGCAGUGGCUUCCUUGCUGAGCGGCCUUUCAGGUUAUGUCGAUAUAGGACUUGUUUUACUGUGGAUAUAGAUACUUUUGUACCCGUUUCCUCCAGCAUCUUCACAAGGUCCUUUGCUGUUCUGGGAUUGAUUUGCACUUUUCGCACCGAAGUACGUUCAUCUCUAGGAGACAGAACGCUUCUCCUUCCUGAGCGGUAUGACGGCUGCGUGGUCCCAUGGUGUUUAUACUUGUGUACUAUUGUUUGUACAGAUGAACGUGGUACCUUCAGGCGUUUGCAAAUUGCUAACAAGGAUGAGCCAGACUUGUGGAGGUCUACAAUUUUUCUUUUGAGGUCUUGGCUGAUUUCUUUAGAUUUUUCCCAUGAUGUCAAGCAAAGAGGCACUGAGUUUGAAGGUAUGCCUUGAAAUACAUCCACAGGUACACCUCCAAUUGACUCAAAUGAUGUCAGAAGCUUCUAAAGCCAUUACAUCAUUUUCUGGAAUUCUCCAAACUGUUUAAAGUCAGUCAACUUAGUGUAUGUAAACUUCUGACCCACUGGAAUUGUGAUACAGUGAAAUAAUCUGUCUGUAAGCAAUUGUAAAAAUUACUUGUCAUUCACAAAGUAGGUGUCCUAACCGACUUGCCAAAACUAGAGUUUGUUGACAAGAAAUGUGUGGAGUGGUUGAAAUACAAGUUUUUGUCUCCAACGUAAGUGUAUGUAAACUUCUGACUUCAACUGUAGCUAGUUAGCUGUAAAAUUGCCUUAACAAAAACUGCACUAUCAAUUUAGGAUUCUACAAUCUCACCAUGUUCAACCUGCAGAUCGAGUUACCACACAGUGGAGUCUGACAUUUGUAAUUGCGCCAUGCAAUGUACCCUGGACUGAAGAGGUAGACAAAUAGGAGAAAUGUGUUAGACCCUCUGUUAAAUUACAAACUUCUCUUUAGGAAUAUUGCAACGAUAUCAUCAAUGGCUCAUUCUAGAGAACAUUUCCCAUGUAAUAAAAUCGGCCAGUAUAGAAAUCUGACAUGUAUGAUAGACGUUUUCACCAUCUAAGAGUUGUAUUCCUAUUAACUUCCAUUGCAGUGAGAGCAUCUUACGCCAAUCUAAAGUAGGCUGGCUAGCUACAGUAGUCUUCAAGGCAAGCCCAACACUUUUCCACUGUUAGUGUUUUCAUGAGGGAGGUUUUGCCGGGGGGGUUGUUAGGCACAGGCACGGCAAACGUUCUCCUCCUGGCCUUGUCUCCUCUCCUUCUGCAUCUCUGUGCCAAGAGUAAAAUAUUCAGAAUGUGUCAGAUACAAAUAUAAUCACUAGAGCUGACUUAAAUAGCUAUUCUGCCUUCUAUGAAUAUUCUCUGACAUUGCAUCUUCCUGAACAGGCCCCUGGUCAGACGGUCACAUCACAUGCAACACAGUAACUCAUUCAUUUCCUUCUGUUCCAGGGUUGCAGCCAUGCAUCUCAAGCAACACCCCAAACUGCAGAAGAAAGAGAUCUACCUGGAGUCCAAUCAAGACAGCCAGAGAGGCCUUCAUGUGAGCCAGCACGGGGUCCUGUCACAGAGGACAGUGUGGGGGGUCCGCCCAGCAGUGGCCCUGAUUGGUCCGAUAAGCAACGGGCUAGGCCAGGGUACGGCCUGCUACCCCCUCAGUGUCAUAUCCACCAACACCCUGCAGUGCUGCAGUAAUGACAACAGUGGCUCCAACCACCUCAACAACAGUAAUAAUAACCACGGUGGCAGUGGACUGCAGACCUCGAGGCUGAGUGAGUCCGAGGGGGAUGUAUUCUGCAGUAGUGCCACCUGGGCCCAGAGUAAAACCUCCAAGACCACCUCCUGCAACACCCCCCCCUCCCUGCUACUCUCCACCUGCACCACCUCUUCUACAGGCUCUGAGAACCAGGAGGCCUCCUUAAUCUCUUAUGAAGGGGAGGACAGAGAGGGACCGCUGGAAAUCUGGGCUGUCAUCAAGCCUGGCAACACCAAGGAGAAGAUCGCCAUCUUCGCCUCGCCCCAGUGCCGUGGAAGCCUGGUGAACUGUGGCGAUGGAGAGGCCGGUGAGGACUUGGUGAGCAGCAGCCAGGUGAGGACCGUGUCUGUGAAGAUGAAGAGCUGCUGGGAGGACGAGGGUGGCUCCGUGGCCAAGCGCAGGAGGAGGUCAGUGUCUCAGGGGCACCACCAGGACCGAGAUAGACAGUCAUCCGGAGCCCUGGAGACACUGAGCCCCACUGAGAACAGCCCUGUAGAGGUGACCCUCUGCCUCAGAGAGAGCCCCAGAGUGCCUGAGUGUGGGGAGGUGGUUGUACGGGUGGAUGGGGAGCAGGUGUGUAGGGUAGAGGGUGAGGAGGUGAGUGAGACUGGGACUGACAAGGCUCUCUCUGUGGUGGAGUUGGUGGCCUUCUUGGAGCAGAGAGCCAGCGACAAGCAGGUGGACUCUAAGCCUGUGUCUCUGCGGAGCUCCACAAGCAUUACCUUAACCAGGGGGCUGUCACUGACCCUGGAACCUAAGCAGCCCAGACCCUCAGACCAGAACCCCCAGGGGACCGAUGAGGCAGAAUGUGUAAAGGUGUCAGACAUGGUGGCCAAGCUGGAGUCAGAGUGCCUGAAGCACCAGAGUGUUAGAAGGGAAGGGUCCAGAUCUGGGGGAGAGCUCUCACGCAACAGCCUCACGCGCAACAACCUCUCACGCAACAACAGUCUCUCGCGCAACAACAGCCUGCGGAGGAGGGUGGGCCGGGUGCUGCUGGCAGGAGCAGAUGCCUUCUCCAUCUCAGCCCAGCCACCACCACCUCAGUCUCCCACUGGGCCCCACCAUGGACUAGAGGAGACGACCAGGGUGCCGCACCGCCACAUUAGUCCCUCUGCUGGCUAUCCCUCUGCAAACACCAGCCACACGGACAAACUAGCUCCCAGCAGCUGCCGUGAAGCUGCCCAGUUGGCUUCCAGCACCUCUGACUCAGCCUCUCCGUCUCGCAGCAUAGACUCUGGGUGUGGCGCCUCUGUUGUCAGAGAGCCAGACGAGAGCUGUGAGGCCCAGGGCCUGGGGCAGCAGAAGAAGAACAGGGCUGUAGAGUCUGGGCAGAACCUGCACUUCCAGCUCCUGUCAGAGCAGGCCAGGUCCAGCAGUACAGAGAGCAGAAGUAAACUACAGUGUGAGGAGCCCCUCCCAGGCAUGCUGUUCUUCUCACACACUCUGCCCUCACAGGUGGUACUUGAACACACACUCCCACACACAGUCAAUACUCCCACCCACACACACACCCCCCAGGAAAUGAAAUCCAGCCCUAAACCCACCAGAGACUCAGCAGAACCCUCCAAGAUUCAGCCCUGUGACCCUUCUAUCACUUCUCUACUCCCUGAACCCAUAUCACACAGUGAGAACUGGGCCAAAGAGGAGGACGAGGCGGUGAGUGAGGGAGAGGGGAGUGAUGUUAGCCGGUGUGAGACAGUGCCUUUCCCCCUGCGCCGCAUGGUGUGUCACGAGUUCCUGGAGAUGCGCUUUAAAAUCCAGCUGCUUCUGGAACCCCAGCAGUACAUGUCCUUCCUGCCUCAUCACAUCAUCAUCAAGAUCUUCUGCCUGCUGCCCACAGAGAGCCUGGCCGCGCUCAAGUGCACCUGCCACUAUUUCAAGUUCAUCAUCGAGAGCUACGGCGUGCGCCCCGCGGACUCCCGCUGGGUGUGCGACCCCCGCUACAAAGACGAUCCCUGCAAGCAGUGUAAAAAGCGGUACGGGCGCGGCGACGUGUCCCUCUGCCGCUGGCACCACAAGCCCUACUGCCAGGCGCUGCCCUACGGCCCCGGGUACUGGAUGUGUUGCCAUGGCUCCCACAAAGACACGCCCGGCUGCAACGUCGGUCUCCAUGACAACCGCUGGGUGCCCGCCUUCCAUAGUAUCAACAUGCCAAUCUAUAAGAAACCCAGGGAGGUCUCUGAGGAGUAGUGGUACAGACAAUGGGAGGAGAACUGACUUGACUUCUCUGUGCUUUAUUUUGUCUGAGGGCUGAUGUCUGUCUCUUGCCAUAUGUGCAUGUGCAUUUAUUUGUGGGGAGUUUGAGGGAAAUCAUGUUGCUGGAUCUCUUCCUUUACCACUUCCCCCUCCUGACCCCUAACCUCUGACCCCUCAGGUCCUCUGAGAUUGUGAGCACUUUAACCGUGGUCAGAAUUCUCAAUCCUCAAAGGAUUCUGUCAGGGUAUUCUAUUUACUUGCUUCAAUGUUUUGGGUUGAAGCAUAAACUCUGGUUCUGAUAAGUGUGUGUUGAAGAGAAGAGCUUUAAUGAGUCUUUGUCUUCAGUGUUGAUGCUUAAUGUGUCCCUCCUUACCAUAGCUCUUUCCUUAUGCAUCAACUGACCGUUACAUUGGAAUAGAUACUUUAGUCAAGGUAAAGCCUAUCAAUGUUAUGCAGUGUAUCCCACCCACAAGUGAUUUACUCAGUGUGUGUUAUGUUGUCUAAGUGAAUGCAUACAUGGCUGCAGGUCCUCGGUUUAUGCAAAAUGUGAAUCAACCCUAUUCCAUAUCCCGGUUGCUUCCCAAAUGGCACUUAAUUCCCUAUAUAAGGCACCCACAGGGCUCUGGUCAAAGGUAGUGCACUAUAUAGGGAAUAGGGCGCCAUUUGGGUAACGGAAUCUAUAUCCCCACUCCACUAUAUCAGGCUCCGGGUCAGAGAGGCUUUGUUGUUGGUUUUGGAUCUGAUUGAAACUAGUUUGCUCUGUGUCCGGUUGUGUUUACAUUGUACAUAGUGCUACAGAGUCUUAUAUCAAAAACAGGGAGAAUAAGCGACGAGCAGCACGAGUAUCUAUGACUUGACUUGAAUGCAUUUAUUAGCUUCAGUUUGGUAAAAAGAAAAAGGUAUUUACCCUGUCAUGUGUAUAUUGCUGAAUUAUUAUUGGGUGUUUUUUUUGCAGUGGGUCCCAGAUGUAUAACCCAGUCUGUAACCCAUAUGCUUAUUACAGCUCACAGUUUUUUUUUUCUCUAACAUUUUUUUUUAUGUGUGUUGGAAUUGGCACACACUUCCCUAUAUAAUGCACUACUUUUGACUAGGGCCCAUAAGGCUCUGGUCAAAAGUAGUGUGUUAUUAUAUAGGGAAAAAGAGUGCCAUUUGGGACGAGUUUGUUAUUAAUAUCCCUCUUUUUAUAAUGCUAUAACUUCUUGAAGGGAAACAUGGGAAAUGUCACCUCAGUGUUUCUGUUCUUUACAAUGACUAACUGGACAUGAUCUAAAAGAAAAAGAAUCAGGCUUGAUGACAAAUGGGAAAAAUAAUGGUCUCUAAAAGUAGUUUGCUCCCAGAUAUAUAUUUUUUUUACUUUGUUGUAUAUUCCUGCUGUAUUCUCUGUAAAUGCAUUUUACUUCCAAUAAAGCGCAUUAAUUUGGAGGUUUUAACUGUCA